AUGGAUCCCAACGCGACCGGUUUCCCUAUGUUGCAGCAGCAACAGCAACAGCAACACUUUCCGGUUACCACCCAGAGUCCACAGCAGUUUCCUUACUAUCCGAACGCGAUUCCUUCUUACCCCCAGCAAAAGGCCCCUUCCCAUCUUCCACAACAGCAUUCCUUUGGUGCCAUGCCGAUGCAGGCAGGCGCUCCCGGUGGAGCUAUGAUGCCGGCGGGUUUCCCCCAGCACUCUGUAGCACCCCACGCCAACUUUUCUGCUCCCUUUACCCAGCCACCUAUUCCCGCGACCAUGAAUCAAUUUAUGCCCCCGCAGACUGUAGCGACUUCAACUCCUGCCUCGAGCGUUCCGGCAACCACGGCGCCAUCCUUCCCUCAGAACAUGGCUUCAAUCUCGGCGAAUAACCUGGUUCCCGCGCAGCCUCAAAGGCCCGUUCCGCAGCAGAACACGCAACAAGCGUCUGCGCCCCCGGUGACUCCAUCACCUGCAACGGCCCGAGAGAAAGCUCGUGUCACCGUUCUGCUCGAUAUAAAUUCAAUGUUGUUGCAAGAGGUGGUGAAUCUACAGGCAGCAGGCAAGGCGGGAGGCCCCCCAGCUCAGCCGCAGGACGCCAACCCGCUGUCGGAUCAGGCCCCUGACACCGCAAAAGGGCCAACCCAGAAGCCAAGUCAGGAAUACAUCGAUUGUAUGCGUCGGCUGCAGGCCAAUCUGGCAUACCUGGCAACCAUUGCCGACCGCGCUAAGAAAUCCGGAGGCGUGCCUCCUACAGCACCAAGUAUCAUGACGCCGCCCCCACACAUGCCGUCCAUGAACGAAAUGUAUAAGAAGCUCGCUGAGCUGUUCCCACGCACGGUACCAGGCACUGCCGGAACACCCCAGCGAAGUCCUCAGGGCAACGGCAAGCCCAGCCCCUCUCCAGUUACUGAGACCGUUGUCUGA